AUGAUGGCUGCGGAUGCUGCGGAUGCUCUCUGCUGCAUCCUGCAUCCGCGCCGGUCCGCUCUCUUUCUUUUAACCAUCACCCUUUCGUCCCUCCUGGCCCCUGCGGCGGCACUGCUCGGUGUCCGGCCGGAAGAUACCCAGAGCGGAGAGUUGUCCGUGCAGGACGGCAUACUCAGGGCAACUGAAGGGACCCGCUUCAUACUGAGGGUUUACUACUCCGCAUCCCUAAAACACGAGCAGCCCAACAGCCGGAACAUCAGCGGAACAAGAGCCGAUGCUGCACCUGCCGCGCCGUGGAUCGCCUUCAUAGAGGAGCCGGGGGACCACGGCGGAGAUCCAGAGAGGACACUCCGGUCCAGAGACAACCCGUGUGAGGAGGAGAGUGCCCGGAGUUCCGACAUCGAGCUGCUGGGCUCUUUCAGGUCCACGUCAAGUCACAACUCCGUUUUGGUUGAACUGCUUGCCAAAGACCUGCGCAGAGAUGAGGUGAUUAAAUACUACUCCAUGUGCGCGUUCGAUGGAGUGAAAUGGGAGCACCUCAGCACCAAAGACUUUUGGUUGGCAGUGGUGGAGAGACCCCCCGAGGCAGAUGCCUGGCUCCAGGCAGGAGUCUCGGUGCUCUUGUUAGGACUCUCUGCUCUGUGCAGCGGUCUGAACAUCAGCAUGCUGUCCCUGGACCCCGUGGAGCUGCGGGUCCUGCAGAACAGUGGCACAGAGAAGGAGCAGAAAUACGCACGGAAAAUAGAGUCAGUGCGUAAACACGGAAACUACAUCCUUUGCACGGUGGUGCUGGGGAACGUGCUGACCAAUACAUGCUUUGUGGUGUGGAUGUGUCAGAUUUUAGGAAUGACAGCUCUCUCGACUGCUUCAUGCACUCUGGGAAUAUUCUUCAUUGGCGAGAUUUUACCUCAUUCGGUGGCGUCCAGACACAGCCUGGCCAUCGCAUCCAAGACUCUCUGUGCGACCCGUUUGCUGAUGCUGGUGUUUUUCCCCAUCGCCUACCCCGUGUCCAAGAUUCUGGACAUCAUGCUGCACCAAGAAAUCAGCAGCUUCUACACCAGGGAGAAGUUGGUGGCCAUGCUGAACGUCACGGACCCCUACCACGAUCUGGUGAAAGAGGAGCUCAACAUUAUCCAGGGAGCCCUGGAGCUCAGGACUAAGACGGUGGAGGACGUGCUGACCCCGCUGUCGGACUGCUACAUGCUGUCGUCGGACGCAUUGCUUGACUUCUGCACCAUGUCCGACGUGAUGCAGAGCGGCUUCACCCGGAUCCCGGUCUACGAGAACGAGAGGUCCAACAUCGUGGACAUACUGUUCGUCAAAGACCUGGCCUUCGUGGAUCCCGACGAUUGCACUCCUCUGAAAACAAUUACUCAGUUUUACAAGCAUCCCAUGCACUGUGUCUUCAGUGAUACUAAGCUGGAUGUGAUGCUGGAGGAAUUUAAGAGAGGCAAGUCUCACCUGGCUGUGGUGCAGAGAGUAAACAGCGAAGGCGAGGGAGACCCUUUCUAUGAAGUGAUGGGCAUCGUAACCCUGGAGGACGUUAUUGAGGAGAUCAUCAAGUCUGAGAUUGUGGAUGAAACUGACCUGUACACUGACAAUCGAAACAAGAGGCGAGUGUCCAACCAUGAAAGGAAGCAACAAGACUUCUCCAUCUUCAAAAUGGCAGAAAAUGAGCUGAAGGUGAAGAUCUCUCCCCAGCUGCUGCUCGCCACACACCGCUUCUUGGCUACAGAGGUGGAGCCUUUCAGGCUGUGUCACCUGUCAGACAAGAUCCUGCUGCGUCUUAUCAAACAUCCCAGCGUGGUGCAGGAUCUCAAAUUCAACCCCAAAAUCAAACAUGCUCCCCAACACUACCUCUAUCAGAGGAACAAACCAGUGGACUACUUCAUCCUGGUCCUGCAGCAUACAACUCAGACCACAUCCAUUAAAUUGGCUGUGAUCAUGUUGCAGGGACGGGUGGAGGUGGAGGUAGGAAAAGAAGCUCUUCGGUUUGAAAACGGAGCCUUUUCCUACUUUGGAAUGCCAGCACUCAUUCAACCCCUGCCCUAUGCUCACAGGUAUAGCUCCCGGGGCAGUGGCCUGAACCAGUCGGAUUCAUUACUGAGCGGAGGCAGCGUGGGUCAGCUCACAACGGGAGGAGGGCUCUAUUUGCCAGACUACUCAGUCCGACAACUAACAGACCUGCAGAUCAUCAAGAUCACCAGGAACCACUACCAGAAUGCAGUAACGGCCACCCGGAUGGACAGCUCCCCUCAAACACCAGAUGCUGUGGAUGCUGAGGCUAAAGGGAGACCUCCGGUCCCGGAGGCUCGCUCAAAAAGCAUCGCCUUUCCCCUCGUGAGCACACACACUCGGAUGGGGUUGGCCCGCCUUGCACACCUCCAUCCCCACGGUGGCCUUCGUAACACCUCCCAGCUCAACGAAAGAAACCGCAUCGUCCGCAGUAAAUCUGAUGGGCAGAGGAGUCCAAAUGACGCAGUGUUCCUUCGUAUGGAGGAGAUUCCCUACAUCCAAGAGGACCGGCCAGAAAGUUCUGGAGACAAUGAUGAGCCGUCCACCUCUCCCUUCAUUAGCUCUCUGUCUCUGUCCAGCUCAGAGGAGAACAUUGGAAAGAAGAUCUUGUAUAAAUUAAGUAACAAGAGGAGGAAAAAGUCUCGGAGUGAAGAAAAGAGUUUGGAGGAGGAAUCAGAGCAGUCGCCGGUGACCAGCUAG